AUGUUCAACAGCCACGUAAAGGAGUCAAGGCACAUCAAUCCCGGCUCACGGUCGGAUAAAUCCAAAGAGGAGCUGAUAUCUGCUCCCAGCAAACUAGCCCAUCCUACCAUGACGAAAAGCCCUGAGAUGAAAGGGACUCAGCUUAAAGAUCGUACAACCAAGCACAAGGAUGAGUUUGGUCCCCGGGUUUCCAAACGAGGCGUGGAUAUCUCCCGAAACAAAGAUGUUGUGCAUCGGCGGCAAAAAGGUCUCGGGCAAGGCCCUGGCGAGCCGGAGAUCCACGGAAAUCAAUCCCUCCUUGAUAUGGUUGAAAGUGGAUCCUUGUGCUAA